AUGUGCUUAAAAGCAGUUCGAAAUUGCAUCCGAUUGGGUUGUUUUGAGACCUUAUUCUGGAAGAACCAUCAUCACCUACCUCAAGAUGGCGCUCCAAGAAAGCCUGGCAUCCUAGAACAGUGUUGUAUUGGUGCUCAUAGGCUUAAUCAUGUAAGUCAAGCAGGGACGUCAAUUUUUGAAAAAUCGAUCCACAGGUCCCUCCCUACCUGUGGACGAAAAAUUUUUUUUCGACCUCCCCUUCCCCCAGAGAAAAUCCGUAGCGACGUCCCUGAAGUCAAGCUAUGAAAUGAUCUUAUGAUUGGCGUUUUUUAACUUAUGACAUUAUCUCAGAAAUGGCAUUUUAAACUUUUAAAAUUUUUUUGUGAAUUAGUCUUCAUUAUGAAACUUUUUAAUUUUUAGCGUUUGACUUUCAUUUUUGCUAUAAUUGGAAUAAUAUUCGCCAUUUUCUACACAUGCCUCUUCCUGCACCUCAAUCUACCAUGGUUUGUUGUGAUACUACCUAUCAUAGAGCUGAUCUCUUCGAUUCUUGUCCUAAUUGGCAAUAUGGAAACAAGACCCUGGAUGUAUUGGCCUCAUUUUGUUUGGAAUGUAAGGAUUCUAGCCAUGAUAAUUUGCUUUAGGCUUGCCCUAACUCUGCUCUAGCCUUGUCUUAGUCUUGCUCUAGCCUUGCCUUAGUCUUGCUCUAGCAUUGCCUUGGCCUUGCCUUAGCCUUGCCCUAGUCUUGUCUUAGACUUGCUCUAGUCUUGCUUCUAGCCUUGUCCUAAUCUCACCCUUGCUCUAGCUACGCCCUAUCGUUGCCCGAGCCUUGUCCUAGCCUUGCUUAGCUUUGCCACCCUUCUCUAGCUUUGUUCUAGCUGUGUUCUAUUCUAGUCUUAGUCUUAGCGUUGCCGUAGUUUUGCCCUAGUUUUACAUUAGCCUUGCUUUAGCUUUGCCGUAGCUUCACUCGGGCCCUAGCUUUGUUCUGGCUUGGAUUUAUUCUUUAACUAGCCUUGCUUUGCUCUAGUUUUGCUUUAGCUUUGCUUUUGCCUUACCCUAGCAUUCCUUUAGCUUUAGCUUUUUCUCAGCCUAGCCUUGUUUUUGCCCUGACUUAGCCGUGCUUUAGCUUUGUCCUAGCCUUGCUCUAGAGUUGCCUCAAUAUUGUUUAGCUUUGCCAUAGCUUAGCCUUAAAUAUUUUAUUCUUUCAGUUCUUCCUGGUAGUUCUCUUCCUCCUUCUCUGUGUCGUAUUCCUUCUCGGUGGACUAGCCUACGCUCGUCGAGACGACUAUGCCGAGAAAGAAGCGGUUGGAAUAUUCCCUGAGGCUUCACGAGCCGAAAUCUACAUAUAUGGCCUGUUAAUCAUCUUGGGUCUAUUCUUCCACGCUGUACUCGCUGCUGUAUAUGUGGCAUUUUCAUAUCGUGACUAUAUCUACAUGAGGGAUUACUUGGUAAAUCAACGAUAUAACAAAGAAGAUGGCAAGGUGUACCCUGCUAUGAGACCGUUAGAAAUUGUGACGCAGAAGGGGUAUUAUCCACAGAAUUUGACGCAGGAUACUAUGAGUUGUAAGUUGUUUUUAUUUAGGGCUUGUAAAGAAAGUUAUUGCCAUUUUAUGUUUUGUAAAGAAAGUUAUUGCCAGAACAUUACAAAUUUCAUUUUUGAACCUAUGUGCUAUCAUACCCACAUCUAAUUUCAGCCUCAUACGACGUAUAUACCCCUCCACUGACGGUAGAAGAUCGCCAGAAGAUAGAAGAAGGACAUCAUGUAUAUUAUGUCCCAAUCAAAAUUGAGAGAGGCGAUUCUCAUGGAAAGUCUUUUGUCGAUGCAUUAACCAGAAAAGAAACUUUGAGCGACAAAUUCGUUAAAAAUACAGUACUACAUCCGGCUAGCGAAAUCUCUAAACCUCAUCAGCAAAAAUUUUAG